CCGCUGCCCGACGAGGCGCGAGUGUUAAAUCCGCACGCAACCCCCGCGCCCCGUCAGACACACCAACCACCACCUCCUCCGAGGCACGAAGUCCACCACGCCCCCGCCCCGCAGCCGGCCGGCGACGAUGUGCACCCUGGAGCGGCGCGGCCGGGUCUUCGUCCUCACCCUGACGGGCGAGGACCAGCACCGGCUGGGCCACCCGCUCAUCGCCGCCAUCCGCUCCGCGCUGGCCGAGGUCCUGGCCGCGGCCCAGGCCCAGCCGCAGGGCCCGGGGGCGGCCCUGGUGACGGUCGCCGAGGGCCGCUUCUUCUCCAACGGGCUCGACAUCGGGUGGGCGGGCACCUCCCGCGCGCGGCUCGGGGAGCUCGUCGACGCCCUCCGCCCCGUCGCCGCCGACCUGCUGGCCCUCCCCAUGCCCACCGUCGCCGCCGUCACGGGCCACGCCUCCGCCGCCGGCUUCCUCCUCGCGCUCUGCCACGACUACCGCGUCAUGCGCGCCGACCGCGGCGUGCUCUACAUGAGCGAGGUCGACAUCGGCCUCCCCCUCCCGCCCUACUUCGUGCACGUGCUCCGCGCCAAGAUCUCCCAGGCGCAGGCCCUGCGGGACGUGGUGCUGCGCGGGAAGAAGCUCCGGGCGCCCGAGGCCAGGGAGAUGGGCGUCGUCGACGUCGUCUGCCCCGGCGCCCCCGAGACCGCCGCCGAGGCCCUCAAGCUCGCCGAGCAGCUCGCCGCCAGGAAGUGGGACGGCGCCGUGUACGCGUCGAUUAGGAUGUCCAUGUUCCCCGAUGCGUGCAGGGCCGUCGGGAUCGCCGUGGAGAGCGACGAGGAGAAGAGCAGGCACUUCGCCUCCAGGCUCUGAUCAGGACACAGAUUGGAGAUUGCGCUAUUGGGCUGAAGCCAAAUUAUAUUCCUAUGCUUUGGAUGAUAGAUGCCGUAAGAAUCUGCCUAGUUUGAGCAGUACUUGUAGUACUCCAGAGUAGCUUCGAUCUGAUUGAGGUCAUCACAAGAUGCAGCUAGAGGGCUCACUCGAAUUGUCCUCACCAUUUUGUUUUGUUUGUAUAAUUCUAGUUAGAGAUGAAGCCUCUUCAGAUGUGGGUACCCAAGCUAUUAGAUGUGCUAAACUAACACUCUGUACAGCCUUGUGAAAUCUGAAUACGAGUGCAUGAA